AUGAUCGGGAUUAUGAAUUGCGGUUCCGAUUCGUCGGUUGAGUUCUACGCAAGCAAUCGUCAAAGUUCUCUAUAUCAGCAUAAAACCUCGAAGGAUAGCAGAACUUAUACGCCAGAAGGUCGGGUUCUCAUUAAUGGUAAGCCAGAAAUCCCAGAAACUCCUGAUGAUUUGUGGCGUUCACUAAUAUGUAGAGCGAUCACUACUAGGGUUAUGAAAGACCCUGAUUCGCCGCCAAAGGAAUCUGGUCCAUUGGCCGUCAUACGCCGGUUCUCGUCCCGUCUUGGAAUUCGCAGUAAUCGUGGUUCUGUGGAGAAAAAAACGAUGGAGAAAAAUGAUGAAAACGACAAUGAUACCGAAACCGGUGAAAAUAAUCAAAGUGGUGGCGAUGAAAAUGGCGAAAAUGGUGGUGAUGUCGAAAAGAAGGACAACCAUGUCACGAUUAUCAAAGUGAAAGCUAUGCAUCGAAAGAAAGAUGGUGAUGACGAUGAAGAGAAGGAGCACAGUGGCGACGAAAGUGAUCGGGAGGAAUUCCGCAUCUAUGCUCAUGACAGUAUACUGAAGCGUUUGAUGGAGGAGAAAGCAAUGAUUGAGAAAGAGAUGGGUGAUGCGGGCGAUAUUGAAAUGGAAUGGGCAAAGGACAAGAGCAGGGUUAGCGUCAACGAAGAUCACGACAUGAUUAUCGAAAGACUUUGA